GGCGGGAUGCGGUUGCCGUGCGAGGUGUCGGUGGUCAGCCGGCUGCUGCCCUCGGCGGGGCUGCGGGGGCCGGGGCGAGCCGCCCGGGCGCUGCUCUCGCUGGGGAGGCCGCCCGGAGGAGGAGGAGGAGGAGGGCGAGCAGCAGGCGGCGGCGGCGGGGUCUGGCUCCUGGUCAGCACCGCCCGCGACCGCCCCGGCACCAAGUACCAGUUGAAAGAAAAUAUAGAACAGCUUUUUACCCGGUUUGUGGAAGAAGGAAAAGCCACCAUACGGCUGAAGGAACCAGCAGUGGAUGUCUGUCUCAGCAAGGCAAACGCCAGCCUUUUGAAGACCUUCCUCUCGGCGGUGAAGCUGGCGAACAGCGGAACCCAUGAGGAAACACUACCGCUCUCUGCCUUGGUCCCACCCAAAGCAUCCGAAGUGGAGAAGCCAAAGACGAGGAUGACAAUUACGUCGAGGAAGGAGUACCCGCUCACCCGGAACUUCCCGUACUCCCUGGAGCACCUCCAGGCCUCCUACUGCAGACUGACCCGCAUCGACAUGCGCAUGCUCUGUCUGAGGAGCCUCCGGAAGCUGGACUUGAGCCACAAUUGCAUUAAGAAGCUGCCGGCCACCAUCGGGGACCUGGUGUGCCUCCAGGAGCUGAACCUGCACAACAACCACCUCGAGGCCUUCAGCGCGGCGCUCUGCGGCUCCACCCUCCGGAAGUCGCUCCAGUCCCUGGAUCUCGGCCAGAACAGGAUCAAAGCGCUCCCGUCGCAGUUCUGCCAGCUGCAGGGACUGACUCACCUGAGGCUGGACGACAACGAACUGGUCAGGCUGCCUGUCAGGAUCGGGCGGCUGAGACAGCUGCGCUCCUUGUCUGCCGCUCGUAACAAGCUCCCGUUUCUGCCUGACGACUUUGCAAAGCUCUCCCUCGAGAACCUGGAUCUGUUCGGCAACCCGUUUGAGCAGUCCCGGCCGCUUGUCCCCAACGUACAGCUCAAAAUACCACUGACUUUGUUAGAGAGUUCUGCGAGAGCGGUGGUCGACUUCAGGAUCCCGUACGGCCGCCACGCCCUUCCCUCCCACCUCUGCGACGACCUGGACGUGUCCAAGACCUGCCCGUGUGGCCGCGCCUGCCUCAGCUGCUUCAUCCAGAUCACCGUGACCAUGAACCUCCACAGCGUGGCGCACACGGUGGUGCUGGUGGACAACAUGGGCGGCACCGAGGCGCCCACCCUCCGCCACUUCUGUUCCCUGACUUGCUACUCCCAGUUUCUGGACAGGCACCCGCAGGGCGUCCGGUGACCUCACACGCGGGGCUUAGGGAGCUCUGACUUGCCGGGGGGGGGGCGCUUCGCUUCGCCCUGUCUCAAAGCAACUGGGGAAGCGCUGCACAAAGCCCUGCUGUUCCCCGACGUGCCGCAAACUGCCCCUUUUUUAAUCGCUCAGCUACAGGAAGGGAAUAUAAGAGUAGGUUUUGAAUAACAGUUUAGUGGGGGCGGCUGCCAAUGUCGUCUCCGGUGCUUUUUGUCUCCGGAUCAGGGAAGCUCUUUCCACGCUGGGAUGAUGGGCGGGCGGCUGUGGAGUCUGCUCUUGCGGCCCCGCUCCUUCCUGCUGGCUCUGACUUGAAUGGGGGGGCCUCUUCCCCAAGAAACUGCUUUUCUCUUUCCACCGUCUUCCGUAUGAAUCACGAGUGGCUCCCGCCCACCAUCAAACAGUAGCUUGUCUGAAGCGUGCCUUUAGGUGUGGCGAAGAGACGCCGCUCUCCUUGAACCAGCGACUUGCACAAAACAGUAUUUUUCUUUAAAAGGACAACUUUUUUCUACCUUAUUUCGGGCACGUCUCAUAUUUCGAAAGGCACAUCUCUGGUUACAGGUCGGUCACGUCUGCCACUGCUAUGCAAUGCCGUCAUGUUCUUGAGCAAGUUACUGUAACGGUGGCCGACUUAAUCCUAAAGUCCGUUGUCUUGCAGGGACUGAAUUCCUGAGCUUGACAGAUGGGGGCCUACAGUGCAGGGGUUUUUUCCUAGCAAAAGUGUCAGCUAAUAGGUGUUAUGAAAAAGGUAUGCCCAUACGCCACAAACA